AUUUCUUCAAUUGAUGAAUCAGGGACCGCCAUUAAAAACCCGCCUUCGUGAUCAGUAACCCCGAUCACUCACACACCACCACCACCACCACCACCACCACCACCAGUGAGAUCGUUGCUCCCGCUCCCUUUGUUUGUUACGUACUUCGUUGGUUCGUGUACGGCUCUACAUUCGGUAUCGGAUCGAUCUGUUUGCAUGAUCUGGUUCUCAAACAACUGAUAGGUUCAUUUUGAUUGAUUAUUGUAUAACUCUUCGGUUUCAAUAAGGAUAAUUCAGGUCUGCAGGCUUCAAGCAUAGUGUUUAGAUCGGCAAGAUGGUUUCAUUCGAGAUGAACGACCGGAAAAAGAUCGGGCUAGGAUUGACAGGUUUUGGCAUAUUUUUCUCGUUUCUGGGCAUUAUCUUUUUCUUUGACAAGGGAUUUCUUGCCAUGGGUAAUAUACUCUUCUUGUCAGGGUUGAUGUUAACUAUUGGACUGAAGUCCACCAUGCAAUUCUUCAUGAAACGCCAGAACUACAAGGGUACAAUCUCAUUCGGUUCUGGCUUCUUCUUCGUCCUUGUUGGGUGGCCUCUCCUUGGCAUGAUGUUUGAAGCAUAUGGGUUCAUUGUACUCUUCAGUGGUUUCUGGCCUACACUGACAGUUUUUCUUCAAAGGAUACCAAUACUUGGCUGGGUGUUCCAACAGCCAUUUGUGACUUCGUUCUUUGAUAGGUACAGGACCAGAAGGGUGCCUGUAUGAAGAAUCUCUGAACCCGUGGAGCAGUGAAGAAGCACUGCAGAACAUUUUCCCCCUUGUAAGAUAACAGCUGACCGAGAUCCACUGUCUUGUUCUCACCCACAUUGUUACGAGUUGAAGAUUUACUUGAUUGGUGAUAUAGCCAUUUUCUGUAUAAUUCAAAAUUUGUAUAAACAUCACUUUCAUCCAAUUAAAUGUUUUUGAAAAAUGAAAUGUGAUGUCCUUUAUCAGCAAUCUGUUAUGCCGCCUUCAUUCCCUGAAUGUAAGAUAUUGUUGACGGACCCCCCAGAGAUUCUGGGUAUAUAUUUUUUUCUGAUGUAGUUUCUUCAAUAAAAAAGGCAGGUUCUAAUUUAUUUAUUUA